AUGUAUCACGUAUGGAAUCAUAGAUAUUCAUUAGUUGAGUUGGACACUCUGAUUCAACAGUUCCUUCUCGACUAUGGCGAAUUUAUCGCCGGUGAUUGUAAAGGAUGCGUUCAAUUAGAUACCUAUUCAUUUGAUAAGGUCAUAUCUAAAUUUAAAGCAUCCGCUGUGAAAUUUGAUGUCGUUUUUCCCUAUGGUGAAAAACAAGAUGAAUUUGGAAAAGUUUCAGAAUCUGCUUAUAACAUAAAUGAUUUACUUAUAGCAGAAGUAGGAGUUAAAGAUUAUGGAGAUAAAGAUAAUACUGAUUUAGCAGAAAGAUAUGGAUUGUCAAAAGACGAUUUCCCUUCUGUAAAACUUUUCUUGAUGGGAAAAAAAGAUCCUCUCACAUUCACCGGUGAAUUCAAAGCUGAAAACAUUCAAAAUUUUAUAAAACAAAAAUCGGGGGUUUACAUUGGACUUCCCGGUUGUUUGGAAGAAUUCGAUAAGGUUGCUGAAGAAUUUGCUAAAGAAAAUUGUAAUGAAAAGAGAAAACAACUUUUAAGAAAAACUGAAGAUUUAUGGGAUAAAGUAACUGGUAAUACAAAUCAAAAAUCUGCCGAAGUUUAUGUCAAAACGAUGAGAAAAAUAAUAGAAAAAGGUAAUGAAUUUAUGAAUAAUGAAUUGAAAAGAGUUCAAAAUAUUUUAAAAGGGAAAUUAUCAAAAGAGAAAACAACUGAAAUGCAACAUCGUAUAAAUAUUUUACAAUCAUUUAAAAUAAUUACCAAAGAUGAGCUUUGA